AUGGAGAUGAAGUUCAAGAUGAUGCGAAGAUAUUUGUUUUCGCGUCGUUCGAACGAGCAUGCCCUGAAGUCAAUCGGUUAUCGUGAUUUUAUCAAUGGUGAAACAGUGAUUCAAGUUCCGGACAAUCCCGUUGUUUUGAAUGUGGCGCUUCGGAAGACACCUUCGCCACAUGGUGAAGAAUACAGCAGUAGUCCAGUCGUGGAGGAAGGUGAAAUAGUCACGUGGGGAAAAAAUUCAGAUAAGGUGACUCUACGCAAAGGGAAGCGGAAAGAUGCGACAGUUGCAACAGAGGAUUCUUCGGGUCGAUUAUCUGACUUCUUCCUGGGUGGCCUGAAAGCUGUGCAAGGUUCUAGUUGCGUCCGGAUCGGCGGAACUCGGGUAAUGGCCGUCAUACGUGGCCCGUGUCCCCUGAAACGCAAGAUGCCCUUUUGCAAAGAAGCCUAUUUGCGGACUCGGGUCACACUGAUGGCCAAUUGCCGCGCCGAGCGAUUGACAGAGAAGCAGAAAGCCCGACUCGGCACCAAGGAAGAAAAAGAGCUGGCGAAGAUCGUGCAAAUGGCUGUGCAGCCCGCUUUGUUGUUGAGUUUUGCUCACCACUCAAAAGAAGAGGCGCCCGUCCUGCAGCAUUUUUUUUUGUUGCCCAGCUUUCCCCUCAGAAUUCUCGAAAUCAAUUUGGCAUUAAAUCCAAGGGCCUUCACAGCCGCCGAAGUGGCGGCUGUUGAGGAAAAUGGCGGAAUUGCCUUGGAAGACCUGAAGGAGGAAUUCCCGAAAUCACAAAUAUUCUUGGAUGUUCUCGUGAUCGAAGAUGAUGGUGGUAUUGUACCUGCUGCUGUAUUGGCGAGUUGUUGCGCUAUUGUGUCAAGUUUGCUGCCUUGUUUAGACGUUGUCACCAGUGGAAAAGUUGCAAUUCGAUCUCAGUCAAAUUUCAUCAAGGAUCCACCGAAACGGGAGGAGUACAAUUUCGAUCAUUUUCGAGCGCUGGCAGCCCGCACGAAUAACCUCGGAGAUGUGACUGCGGCCCUACUUCCGGGUCAUUCUCAGAUCUCUUGCUUCUUGCUCGCAGGAAAGGUCAAGCCAGUCGUGCUGAUUUCCGCAAAGCGCUUGCUCAUUGAUGAAGCUGCGUCGUUUGUGCCGCUAAUGGCGCAUCGAAUGACGCAGUUUGCGCAGAUGCGACUCUUGGAGGAAGACAAUGACGUGUCCAAGUCGUUGCCGUUUGUGGAGGGUGCAGUUAAAGUGGUUGCCUCCAAGGCGAAGCGGAAAAGAAAGGGUGAUGAUGUCCCGGAUCCUGAGAAGGAACUCGCAGAAUGAAAUGCAAUUUUUUUAAAGCCCUUUCCCGCGACUUUUUGCUCUUUUAUUGUUGAAUGCAGUUUUUUUUCUUCAAGCGAAAUUCGAAUGGUUUCAAGUGAGUCGCCGGUAGUGUGUCUUGUCAGGGAAUCUCUUGUACAUCAGUUUGAAUUGGGUGGAUCAGGCAUGCGAAUUUUCCAUGCAUUACGUGGUGAAGAACUUAAAAGGCGAAGAUUUUAAUGAUUUCCUGAAAUUAUUUUCAUUUGAAGCGAAGGGUUUUGAAGAGGUCCAAGUUGCCUGCAAAUUUUCAUUGCUUAUGGAUGGAAUGGUGGUAAAGUAGUUGACAGCAAUAUUUUGUUGAUCUGUUGAAUAAAAUCCCACAACUCCAGCAAGUGGAAGCAAAGUUGGCAAUUUUACUGGAGACCUCUUUUUAGUCUUUUACUAUAUCAAAACCAUCAGUGUUUGGGAAAUUUUAUUGAAUAUGAUACAGUACAGCAGUGUCAAUGAAUUCUCUCUA